AUGGCAACGCAGCGCAGGCACUCGCUGUCGGCGAGCGAGGGCGUGAAGGCGCGGCGGCACGAGGCGAGCUCGGUGCUGGCGGAGGAGAAUGCGGAGCUGGAGAGGAAGCUGCGGCAGCUGCGGGAGGCGAUGCAGAAAGAGAUGCACAAGCGGGACGAAGUGCGCCGUGCGCUUACUACAGGCGGCAUCUGGGGCAGCGCCAGGCCCGGCCCAUUGCAGCAGAUCACGAGAGACGUGAGCGGGCCUUUGCCUGCAUCUGCAGGCCCCAAGAAAGCUGGGUCCUGGUCAGCAUAUACAGCAUCCGGAUUCAAGACGAGUAGCAUGCCAGACUAUCGGAUUGGCGUUGGACCUCGGCGGCCACCCGCUAAGCUGCCCCCACUUUCUCCGAAGAGAGCGUCUGAGAGCGGAGCCGGGGAGACAGAGCGGCCCGGCGCACCAAGGAGAACUUUCGACCCAGCGGCCCAGUACUCGGAGGCCCGCGACCGCCCCGGCAGCACGAGCGCGCGGAAUGGCGAGCCUGGGGGCUCCCUCCUAGACGGCGACUUCGACGAGGAGCGCAACCAGGCUUCCUUCCUGGAGGCUGUUCGCGCGUGGCGGAAUGGCGGAGAAGAGAGCGCGGGCUGCCGCGGCAAGCGAGAAGAGGAGGGAGAAGCAGCAAACAUGAGUGCGAGGCGGCCGCAGUCGGCGCGCCCGGCGUCGCCGGCAGUGUGCAUGGAGGUGCAGACGGAACAGCCCGCGGCGCGGCCGGCCACAGCGCGGCCGAGGACAGCACGGCCACGGACGUACUUCGAAAAGCUAGCGGAACGGCAAGCGGGCCAUCUUGCGAGCCAAGCCGUACGGAGGUCUCAGCAACCAGAGAGGGUGGAAGCCGUCACUCCCACCAAAGACCUCUGA